GACCUGUUGAUAAACUAAAAAUCUUUACCCAAAUAGGACUUGUUGAUAGACUAAAAAUCUUUGCCCAAAUUGGAUUUAUUGGACUUGUUAGUAAACUAAAAGGCUUUGCCCAAAUAGGACUUGUUAGUAAACUAAAAGGCUUUGCCCAAAUAGCACUUGUUACCGAAUCGAAAUUUAUUGACAUAUUACAUCCAUCCAUGGAUAUCUUGCAAUACAGGUGA